AUGUCUUCAAGUUCCACGGUGACACCCACUACUUUGUUGGCAAAGUCGUAUGAAAUCCUAAUAUUUCGAAUUGUUCCCGACGAGCAACAACCGCAAAUUCGAACUGACCAAACUCUGUUAGCCAUUGAGAUUCGGGUACAAAACCAGUUAGAAUCACCAUCAGAAUAUGCGUGCAGCGCAAGACUUAGCGGAUCAGCCAUACCAUACAGGCGUGGGUCAAGCUAUGAUCUCAAACAGGUGUACAGAAUUGCUGAAUAG